AUGAGCGAGCAUGAGUUUGGUUUUGAAAAAUGGAGCAGGGCAUAUUUUCCCGGCAAUAGGUUUGACGUGAUGACCACAAAUAUUGCAGAGUCAGUGAACGCUAUAUUGAUUGCCAAAAGAGAGUACCCCGUGGCAUUUAUAUUCAAUUCGAUUGUCAAGAGGUUUGGUGAAAUAUUUAGGGAGAGGCGAGCCUACGUCCUCAAAUGUAAGGAUAACAAAUUUUUUUCCACCGUCGAAAAGAUCUUAAAUGAUAACAUGAGCGAGGGCAACUCCUUCUAUGUGGAUAACAUAAGCGGAGACGAAAGACAAUACAUUGUGUUUGGAAGUGGCUCUACGGCCAAAGUCGACCUACUGGAAAGGUCUUGUUCGUGCAGAAAGUUUGACCUGGUCAAAAUACCAUGCGAUCACGCGAUGGCCGCUUUGCGAUUGAAGCAGGGUGAUAAUUAUGGUUUGAGAGUCUAUGAUUACUCUUCGCCCCUGUAUAAAGUGGAAGAGUACCUCCUUGCGUAUUCAGAAUCAAUUAAUGUUGUCCCUUUGGAGUCCAAAUGGUGUGUGCCACAAGAAUUGCUAGACGUGAACAUUAUUUCACCACUCGUGGUCACCAAGCCCGAAAGGAAGACAAAAAAUACGUUAAGGGCAUGA